AUGGCCGACACGAAGAAAGAGCUUAAGGCCGAGUGGAAGACAGAGACGGAGGUCAAAGUCCUGACGCUGAAAGAUGUGGCUAAACAUAACACGAAGAAGGACCUUUGGAUAGUCAUUCAUGGAAAAGUCUACAACGUCACCGAAUACGCUCGCGAUCAUCCUGGUGGUCCAGAUGCCCUGAUUGAAGUCGCUGGAGAGGAUGCUACAAGCGCCUACGAGGACGUAGGCCAUUCUGAAGACGCUCGCGAGAUCAUGCAUCCCUACUUGGUCGGAUCCCUCGAGGGCGCUUCCGCCGGAACCUCAGCAAGCAAAAGCUCUUCCUCAGCGCCCACUGUUCAGAUUGUCAGGCGUAGCCCCACCCAGCAGGCCACAAACAAGACUGCGAGCAGCAGCUCCCUUGUCCGAUAUGCAGAAUUCGCUGCGUUUGCUGUUGGUACAUCUGGCAUGGCUUGGGCUGCAGCUCAAACUGGUGCUUUGCAGAAGGCAGCACACGCUCUUAAGCAACGUGGGGUUCUUGACACUGCUCAUGCUGGUUUCGCUCAAGGAUUUCUUCUAGCCGCAACCACUUCUUCGAUCAUUGCUUUGGCCGGAAUGCGAUAUUUCAAGGGCUUGAUGAAGAUGGAGAAGGACCCAUUCCAUCUUCCAGCCCACCGUACCGCCUCUCACGUAGUGGUCUCGUCCCACCACCCUGUUGGUGCCAUCGCUCCUGCUGAGUACCGUAAAUUCAAGCUGAGCAGCAAGACCGAACUGUCAGAUGGCAUCUGGAAGUUUGUCUUUGCUUUGCCAACCUCGACGUCCGUGUUGGGCCUCCCGAUCGGGCAACACAUUGCCAUUCGUGGUGAAGUCGAUGACAAAACCGUCACUCGCAGUUACACGCCUAUUUCUAACAACCGUGAUCUCGGUCGUCUGGAGUUGAUGAUCAGAAUCUACCCCGAUGGCCAAUUGGGCAAAUACCUCAGUAAGCUCCAGGUUGGAGAUGAAGCUGAAAUCCGAGGUCCAAAAGGUUCUAUGCGCUACCGUAAGGGCAUGAGCAAGCGUCUGGGUAUGGUCGGUGGAGGUACUGGUAUCACGCCAUUGUACCAACUGAUUCGAGCCAUCUGCGAAGACAAGACCGACGACACCGAAAUCAGUCUUGUGUAUGCCAAUCGAUCUGAGCCUGACAUUAUGAUGCGAGAGCAGCUGGAGACCUUCGCCGCGCAAUCUGAAGGACGCUUCCGAGUUCACUUCAUGCUUGACCACCCUUCGAAUAACUGGAAAGGCGGCAAGGGUUACAUCACCGCUGAUGUCCUGAAGGAGUGGAUGCCUGCGUUCGCUGAUGACACUAAGAUUUUGCUGUGUGGUCCUCCGCCAAUGGUAAAUGCGGUCAAGAAAAAUCUCGUAUCACUCGGUUUCCCUGAGCCUGGAAAUGUGAGCAAGAUGACUGACCAGGUCUUCAUUUUCUGA